AUAUAAUAUUCGGCCCAAUCCUGGAUUCGGUGCAUCCCUACUUUUAAAAAACUAUUAUCAGUUUUAUCUGUGAGACACACACACCUUUGUUAAGCAUAGUCUCACUUAAAGUAGUCAAAUGAAAAUCUAGCUUUUAGUUUUUUUUCAUGGUCCUAUUAGUUGUUUUUUAAACAUGCCAGUUCUUCCAAAAUAAUUUUCUCUUCUUUUGUUUGACUGAUUUCACAAGAAAACCCUCUUCCAUCAGUGAAAAAUCAGAUCAAACUCUGCUCCUACCUGGUGCCUAUAAUAAAUCAUUUUAUUUUUCAGCCAAACAAACUCAAAAUGUAAAAUCUAGCUAGAAUCUUUAUUUGUUCUCCUUUUAUGUGACACAAAACAGACUCUUUCCUUCCCUCAAUGUGCUGGACUUUGAUUGAAAACUCGAGAUAUAUUGGGUGAAUUUAUUUGCACAAAUGGAUUAAGUUUCACACGUGUGUUUCUGACGCAGCAAGCUGUGACUUCAGAGGGUUGAAACGGACGCAAAGACGUCUGUGAGGGUGUCUUGAGUUACAGCGAGAGAGAAAAACUGAAGCUGUCGCACCUGGCAGCUCUGGUUACCUGUCGAAUAACUGUGGACGUGACAACAGACGCGGAAGAGAGGACGGGACAAGGUCCACAGGUUUUUAUCAGUUCUGUGGAAAUGUGCUGUGGACUGUGAGUGGGCGGGACUCGGUACAGAGGUGAAGCAGGUGAGAUACAAAAGCCCGGAGGAGAGAGAGAGAGAGAGAGAGAGAAGAGAGAGAGAGAGAGAGAGAGAGAGGAGAGAGGAGAGAGUGGAUUACACAAACUGAACACAGCUGCAGGAUUUAAAGCCCUUCGUUCAGCACGGGGAAACAUUUGGACCGGGACACAGAGUUCUGUUUCUUCAGUCUGAAUUCAAAUCUGCAAAGAUGUGAACGAGACGCCUGACUGGACCGAACGAACUCAGCUUCACACGGUUGGCUUCAGGUCAAGGCUGGGACGAUGUGGGAGUAAUAUUUAGGGUUGGGACGAUAUGCGUCAGUCCUGAUUCUAAUCUUUCCCGAAACAUGGGUGCCGAUUGGAUUUGUAUUGCGAUUUUGAGUUGAAUAAUACACUACUAGAGACAAUAUUUCGUGAGACAUUUCUAAAUGGUUUUCUAUGAAGAAUGCACAUCACAUGUCAGUCGGUCGGUCUGACAUUUUUCAUUUGUAAAGAAGAACAUAAAAUGGAUUUUCUCUGUUUCACUGGAAAUGGAUAUGCUGCAGUCGCCGUUAGCCGUACCGUAUGAACUGGCAUAAAUCAGGAAUACCGUGAUACUAUCGUUAUCGAGAAGCCGCUGGUUAUUCCGCCCUGUCCUAAACAUCCACCUGGAAUAACCUCGAGUCUGACUGGUUUCUUCGAGGAGAACUGGACCCGUCGGACGGCGUGAUGUACGUCCUGUGCACGCUGGCGGUCCUGACCCUCCACGGCCUCUUUAAGAGCUGGAACAACAGAGCCGUGGAGGCAGGAGGAAGCUCGGAGGCAGCAGGGCGGAGCAACCGUUCAGGGAGGAUUGUGGAGCAGCGAGGAGGGAGGAGCUGCAGGGCCGGAGGGCCGCGGCGGCAUGGAGGAGACAGGAAGCGAGCGCAGCCGGUCCAGCGGUCCAGCGCUCUGCUCAGCCCGGCGGUCAUGUUCAGCACCAGAAAGACCUGGGACCUUGGCCACGCCCCCUGCCUGCAGGAGCUCUGGAAGAACGACUUCUCAUUGGACGCGAGCUCAGUGGACUUCCUGAUGAGUGAUGGUGAAGACGACGGCUCCUUCCUGUCUCUGCCCACCGCCGCCUUCGCACAGCGCCCGUCUCUGAGCGCCGAGCUGUCGGAAACUAGCGCACCCAGCCAGCAGCUACUCAUCCAGAGGGUCACCUGGUCCUGCUGUUGGACUCCCACCAAUACUCUACAGGACAAAGUGUGUGAGUUUCAGGCUCGUCUUCGCUCUGAAGAAGUCACUCGUCACGUGCUGCUGCAGCAGCUUCAGCAGCUGCGCGUUCAGGAGAAGACGUGCGUGGGCCUCGGUGGCGUUCAGGUGCCGCAGGACGAACGGCUGUCUGCUCCGCCCAACGGUGUGAGGGCGUUGCAGCCAGGUGAACAACCUUCAGAUUGUCUCAACUGUCCAGAAGAGGAGCAGCUCGUUACACGGCUGCGCACACAGGUGGAGGAGCUGGAGGAGAAGCUGUUGGAUCAGACUCAGGAGGUGGAGAGACUUCGCUCGGAACUGGGGGCGACAGACCUGGAGAAGCAGCUGGAGCUGCUGGUGGUGGAGAACCAGCGUCUGAAGCAGGAGCUCAAGUCCUGCAGGAGCUCUGACGCUGCUGCAGACAGCUGCAGCCGCUGCCCUCACAGCCAGGAUGCGGAGUCCCUGCGGAGGGAGGUGUCCCGCUGGGAGAGCCAGGCCCGGCAGAGGGAGCGCCGGCUGGCCGAGCUGGAGCGCGAGCUGCUGGAGAAGAGCUCGCGGGCCGAGAGCCUCCGCCGGCAGCUGGACGACGCCACGCGGCAGCUGGACGAGUCGCGGCGCCGCCACGGCGAGGCCGAGCAGAGACUGUCCCUCCGGCUGCAGCAGUGUGAGGACGAGCUCGCCAGGCAGGCAGCGGCGCCCGCCAGAGUCAAGUACGUGAGCCAGCCCGUGGAGGUGGACUCGGCCGAGUCCCAGCGAGCGCUGGCCGAGCUGCAGGCCAAGAACGGCGGGCUGCAGGAGCAGCUGUCCCUCCAGAGACAGCUGCUCCGGGAGCUGGAGACACAGCUGCACGAGUCCCAGAGGACCUGCGCUCAGCUCAGGACGCAGCUGCUCUCCGAUCGGGGACGUCUCUGCGUCCUUCUCUCCAACGCCGUCGGCAAGGGCAACAGCGAGGUGGUUCGCAGGUUGUCCAAGAUCCUGGUGUACGAGGGCGAGAUGGAGCGCGCUCAGGGUCAGCUGGAGGUGGAGAUGCAGAACCUGGAGGAGGAGAAGAACCGAGUGAUCGAGGAGGCGUUCAUCAGAGCCGAGAGCGAGAUGAAGGCCGUCCACGAGAACCUGGCCGGAGUGCGUAUGAACCUGCUGAGUCUGCAGCCGGCCCUGCGGACUCUAACCUGCGACUACAACAGCCUGAAGAGGCAGGUGCAGGACUUCCCCUUCAUGCUGGACAAAGCCAUCACAGAGGCCAAGCAGGAGGUGAGUGGCGGCUCUCGCUCUGGCCCAACAAUCUACCGGUCCACCCUCUCUCUCUCCGUGUGUCCAGGUAACAUCCGGGUGUUCUGCCGCGUCCGGCCGGUCAGCCAGGAGGAGCAGGACUCCGCCGCCGAUGCCAAAACCAUGCUGAGCUUCGACUCGGACGACGACGCCGUGCUCUACCUCGCCAACAAAGGCAAAAUGAUGACCUUUGAACUGGACAAAGUCUUCCCUCCUCAGGCCACACAGCAAGAGGUGUUUCAGGAGGUCCAAUCACUGGUCACUUCCUGUAUCGACGGCUUCAACGUCUGCAUCUUCGCCUACGGACAGACGGGCUCGGGGAAAACCUACACCAUGGAGGGCGUGCCAGACAACCCCGGCAUCAACCAGCGAGCGCUGCGCCUGCUGUUCUCCGAGGUGACGGAGAAAGCUCCAGACUGGGACUACAAGAUCUCCGUCAGCAUGGUGGAGAUCUACAACGAGACGCUGCGGAACCUGCUGGGGGAGAAUCCCAGCGACAAGCUGGACAUUAAGAUGAACCCGGACGGCAGUGGACAGCUCUACGUGCCGGGACUGACCGAGUUCACGGUCCAGAGCCCCGAGGACAUCAACCGGGUGUUUGAGCUGGGUCACAUGAACAGAGCCACGGCCUGCACCAACCUGAACGAACACAGCUCUCGCUCCCACGCUCUGCUCAUCAUCACCGUGUCGGGAUUCAACUCUGCUACUGGAAACCGCACACAAGGGAAGCUGAACCUGGUGGACCUGGCGGGCUCCGAGAGGAUCGGGAAGUCCGGCGCCGAGGGCAGCCGCCUCCGAGAAGCUCAGUGCAUCAACAAAUCUCUGUCGGCGCUCGGCGAUGUCAUCAACGCGCUGCGCGGCAAACACUCCCACGUCCCGUUCAGGAACUCCCGCCUCACCUACCUGCUCCAGGACUCGCUGAACGGAGACAGCAAGACCCUCAUGAUGGUGCAGGUGUCUCCGCUGCCCAGUAACAUGAGCGAGUCUGUCUGCUCGCUGAAGUUCGCCCAGCGUGUCCGCAGCGUGGAGCUGAGCGCCUCGUCUUCGUCCUCCAGGAGACACGAGAACUCGUCUACAUCGUCCUCACCCACGCAUGACAGCAUCGAGCUGGACUCUCCCCCGGUGACCCCUGCUCCCCUCCCCCUGUCUCGGGCCAGCAGUGCCGGCUCCACCCUCUCCUCCACCUCCAGGACCCCCAGCAGCUCCCGCAGGAGGUCCCAGUCCCAGCUGUCCACAGACAGACAGGUAGACAGAGGCAGCCCAUUGGUCGGGGAAGGUGGGCAGGACGACUGAAGCUGACGGCCUGAGAGACCUGUGGGGUGGUGGGGGGCGCCUGGUUCUGACCACAGGGUGUCUGCCAACACUCUGAGGCCCCCCCCACCCCCCACCCCCCACCUUGCCUGUCCUCGCUGGAGUCAUUACCCUCCUCAGCCACCGGGGGGGAAGCAAAGCCUGAUGGGAACUUGAGCGAUCGGUGUGUCUCUCUGUCGCCUGGCAGCAGAGAACAUGGCCAAACGUUUUCCGUGUCUUCUUGCUGUGAUGAUAAACAUUUUUAAAAGACCUAAAAAAUUCCCCUUCCCCCAUCCGAUAAGCAGUAUACUCUCUCCAAUCACAGUAUUUCCUUUAUUGUUUCUUUGUAAAGUUGCACUUUAAAUUUUAGAGAUUAUUUUCUAACCCACGAUUCCAGAUGUGGUUGAUUUAUAAUAUAUGCAUUAACACGGUUAUAUUAUAUUUAUGUUUGACAUGCUUUAAUUUUUAGUUUUAUUUUUUCUCCUUUUGUUGAGGAAAAGAGUGAGAAGCAUAGGUUAACCUUCAAAUGUUCUGAUUCGAGUCUCAGAAAGUCAAGAAUCCUCUUGUGUAGGAGGCCGUCUCCGUGUCCUCCGUUAUCCAAUCGGGGUACGCCACUGAUACCCAGCUGUCCAAUCAGACGUGAGCAAUACGAAGAACUCUUCUUCACGUACAGGGUUGUGGCUUUUUUCGAUCUUCUUCCGUUUCCUGUGGAUGUUUUUUUUUUUAUUUUUCAUGCUGACGUUGAAGCUUUUGGUUGAACAAAAAAGGUGUUAAAUAUUCUUCACUUUCGUCGCCUCUCUCUCCCCGCUGUGUUGCCGCUGACGUCUCGUCACCUCUGUAUUAAAAAGAAGCCACAGGUGACCUUUGACCCCGGCCUGUAGCUGGCGAGCUGGCCGAGACGCUGGCGGAGAGGAUAGUUUAGCCGUAGAUGUAGGAACAGGAAUGCUUAGAAAGGCCACGAGCUGGCUGUGUGUCAACAUGUCUGCUUGCUUCGUCUCUCCGCUGUACAUCUCUACAGUUUGCUUCAUUUUGUAUUCCCUUUUUAAUAAAGAAAACAUCCAAAAACAAA